UGGACUCUGGGAGCCGCGUCGUCUGGAAGUGGGUGAGGAAGACUCCGCUGUGUGUUCGGGGACACGAAAACUCCCCGGAGCCGCAGCCUCCACGCCGGGCGGCCUGGGAAAGUCAGCAGCGCAGUGGCGGGAACCGCAGCCCGGCGGCCCUGGAACCUCCCAGGUCAGAGGAGCUGCGGGGCUGGGACCAGGAGGACACUGUCAGCUCCCGCAGUCCUGCACGUGGCUCUGGCGGCGGCGGCGGCGGCGGCGGCGGCGGCGGCGGCGGCGGCGGCGGCGGCAGCUCACUUCUUCACCUGCAGCCAGGAUUUGUUGACAUUUAGUGCUGUGAAUGUGAACUUCUUGUAGGAGUGGAAAUGCCUAGACCCUGCUCACGGGGCUUUUAGCUGAGAUCUCCUAUUAAAGAACUGUAGCCGUUGGGAUUCUGAGGGUGUUUUCUGAAGAAUCUCACAUUGCUCAGUCAGUCCUGCUCACCUGGGAAUCAAAACAAAGAGCUCUGGAUGGUGAAGAGAGGAGACAAUAGCAAAGGAUCCAGGUCUUAGAAUACAUCAGAAAAUUCAUGGAGGAGAGAGUCCUAAUGGAUGUUUGCAAUGUAGGUCUGUUAUCCUUCAGAGAUGUGGCUGUGGACCUCUCUCAAGAAGAAUGGGAAUGUCUAGACUGUGCUCAGAAGGCAUUGUACAUGGAUGUGAUGUUAGAGAAUUACAGCAAUCUACUUUUUGUGGAGAACCAUCACAUAUGUGGUAAAUGUGAGAAGGUCUUGCAUCAAGGCACAAAGCAUUUUAUUCAUGAUCAUGAAAAUAUCCAAGAGAAGUUGUAUAAAUGUAAUGAGCUUUGCAAAGUGAUUCAUGAGCCCUGCCAGUGUAUACCUCAUAACACAAGUGAUACUGCAGAAAAUUACAAGUACAGAUUUAGUAACCACAGAAAUGCCUCUGGUGAAACCUUAAACCUCAACAGACACAAAAAUGGAAGUGCUGGAGAAGAACCUUGCAAAUAUAAAGACUCUGUAAACUGUUUCCAUCUGCGUUCCAUCAUUAGCCAAAAUCAAAGAACUCAUACAGGAAAGAAGAAGCACAAAAAUACCAAGUAUGAUAAAUAUUUUGAUUCUAAACAUAAACUCAAGCUAAAACAAACCAAUAGUGGAAUGAAAUCACACCAAUGCUGGAAAUGUGGAAAAUUAUUCAAGACUCACUCAUCUCUCAUUAGGCAUCAGAGAGCACAUACUGGAGGAAAAACCUAUAAAUGUACAAGAUGCAGUAAAUCCUUUCUGCAUUUUUUGCAACUCAAAGUACAUUACAAAGUCCACUGUAGAGAAAAAUUCCACAAAUGUUCAGAAUGUGGUAAGUGCUUUUGUCACACAUCAGACUUUGAAAGACAUUACAGGAUCCACAUUAAAGAGAAACGUUACAAAUGUAGUGAAUGUGACAAAUCCUUUCAGAGUGCCUCCUAUCUUAGAAUACAUCAGAGAAUCCAUACAGGAGAGACUUACAGAUGUAGUGAAUGUGACAAAUGCUUUACCACAAAAGACCGUCUUAGAAGUCAUCAGAGAAUCCACACAGGAGAGAGACCUUACAAAUGUAGUGAAUGUGACAAAUCCUUUACCCAGAAAGUUCAUCUUAUGUCUCACCAGAGAACUCAUACAGGAGAGAAACCUUACAAAUGUAGUGAAUGUGACAAGUGCUUUACCACAAAAGACCAUCUUCGAACUCAUCAGAGAAUCCACACAGGAGAGAAACCUUAUAAAUGUAGAGAAUGUGACAAAAGCUUUACAAGUGCCUCAAAUCUUAGAUCACAUUCAAAAAGACACACGGGUGUGAAACCUUACCAGUGUAAUGAAUGUGACAAAAGCUUUAAAAGUGGCUCAAAUCUUAGAGUUCAUCAGAGAAUACAUACAGGAGAGAAACCUUACAAAUGUAGUGAAUGUUACAAAUCCUUUACAGAGAAAGGGGCAUUUAGAAGCCAUCAGAGAAUACACACAGGAGAGAAACCAUACAAAUGUAGUGAAUGUGACAGAUCCUUUGCUGGGAAAGGGACGUUUAAAAAUCAUCAGAGAACACAUACAGGAGAGAAACCAUACAAAUGUAGUGAAUGUGACAAAUCCUUUGCCAAAAAAGUGGCAUUUAGUGUUCAUCAGAGAGUACAUACGGGAGAGAAACCUUAUAAAUGUAGCAGAUGUGAAAAAUCUUUUGCUGGGAGAGGCGGUCUUAGAACUCAUCAGAGAAUCCACACCGGAGAGAAACCUUACAAAUGUAGUGAAUGUGACAAAUGUUUUAACACAAAAGACUCUCUUAGAAGUCAUCAGAGAAUCCACACAGGAGAGAAACCUUACAAGUGUAGUGAAUGUGACAAAUCCUUUACCUGGGACUCAUCUCUUAGGAUACAUCAGAGAACACACACAGGAGAGAAACCUUACAAAUGCGGUGAAUGUGACAAGUCCUUUACCAGGAACUCAUCUGUUAGGGUACAUCAGAGAACACACACAGGAGAGAAACCUUACAAAUGCGGUGAAUGUGACAAGUCCUUUACCGCCAAAGCCAGCCUUAGAACUCAUCAGAGACUACAUACAUUACAGAAACUUUAGAAUCGUGGCAAGUGUGAGAAAUCAUUUUUGGUUGGUACAACUCUUAGAAUAUGUUCUGGAAUAUUUGCUCACACUGUGAAACCCAAGUGUUAAUACCAACCUUGGAUCAGGGGCAAGAACCCAGAACUAAUUGGCAAGAAUUAGCUAUAGAGAGUAUGAAGCGGUAUGGGAGACUGAUAGACGCACAGGAAAGAGUAGGGAGUGACUUGGGGCUUACAAUUUUCUGAAUAGAGAUGGUUGAAGAGACAUUCUCUUUUUGGGUCUCUGGCCAAAAAGGAAGUUCAUUGGUAGCUUCUUGGGCUUUCUGAAUUAGCAGGUUUUCGCCCUAACAUCUGACUACCAAGUCAUCUAUUUUCCCUUUCUAGGUAGAUCUAUGUAUGAUAUUUUUUAGGGUUCACCUUGUUACAGCUUCUUUAGGAUGAUUAAUUGUAGACUCACUAUUCUUUGCUUUACAGCUAGUAUCCACUCAUGAGUGAGUACAUACCAUGUUCAUCUUUCUGAGUCUGAGUUACCUCACUCAGGACUUUUUUCCCCCAUCCAUUUGCAUGCAAAUUUUAAGAUGUCAGUAUUUUUUACCACUGAGUUGUACUCUAAUGUGUAAAUGUGCCACAUUUACUUUUUCCAUUCUUUGGUUGAGGGGCAUCUACGUUGUUUCCAGGUUCUGGUUAUUACAAAUAAUGCUGCUAUGAACAUAGUUGAAAAGAUGUCCUUUAGUAUGAUUGAGCAUCUUUUGGGUAUAUGCCCAAGAAUGGUAUUGCUGGGUCCUGAGGUAGGUUGAUUUGCAAUUUUCUGUGAAACUGCCAUAUUGAUUUCCAGAGUGGUUGUACAAGUUUUCAUUCCCACCAGCAAUAGAGGAAUGUUCCCUUUACUCUACAUUCUCUCCAGCAUAAGCUAUCGUUGGUAUUUUUGAUCUUAGCUAUUCUGACUGGUGUAAGAUGGUAUCUGAGAAUCAUUUUGAUUUGCAUAUCCCUGAUGGCUAAGGAUACUGAACAUUUCCUUAAGUGUCCUUUGGCCAUUUGAGAUUUUUUUUUGUUGAGACUUUUCUGUUUAGGUCUGUACCCCAUUUUUAAUGGGGCUGUUUGGAAUUUUGUUCUCUAAUUUCUUGAGUUCUUUAUAUAUUUUGGGGAUCAGACUUUUGUCUGAUGUGGGGUUGAUGAAGAUCUUUUCCCAUUCAGUAGGCUGCCUUUUUCUAUUAUUGACUGUGUCCAUUGUUUUACAGAAGCUUCUCAGUUUCCAGAGGUCUCAUUUACUCUCAGUGUCUGUGCUGCUGAUGUUAUAAUUAGGAAGUGGUCUCCUAUGCCCAUGGAUUGAAGGCUACUUCCCACUUUUACGUCUGUCAGGUUUAGUGUGGUCAGUUUUAUAUUGAGGUCUUUAAUUCAUUUGGACUUGAGUUUUGUGCAUUGGUAUAUUGAAUCUAUUUUCAUUUUCUACAUGUUGACAUCCAAUUAUGCCAGCCCCAUUUGUUGAAGAUGCUUUCUUUUUUUCCAUUGUAUAAUUUUAGCUUCUUUGUCAAAAAUUAGGUGUUCAUAGGUAUGUGGAUUCAUAUCCUGGUCUUCAGUUUGAUUCCAUUGGUUAUCCUGUCUGUUUUCAUGCCAAUACCUGUAGUAGGAGGCUGCUUGUUCAUUUCCAGCUGCCCAGACUCGAAAUAAUCACACAGAAACUGUAUUAAUUAAAUCACUGCUUAGCCUAUUAGCUCUAGCUUCUUAAAAAAAAUAUUUAUUAUGUAUACAAUAUUCUGUCUGUGUAUAUGCCUGCAGGCCAGAAGAGGGCACCAGACCUCAUUACAGAUGGUUGUGAGCCACCAUUUGGUUGCUGGAGAUUGAACUCAGGACCUUUGGAAGAGCAGGCAAUGCUCUUAACCUCUGAGCCAUCUCUCCAGCCCCUAGCUCUAGCUUCUUAUUGACUGGCUCUUAUAUGUUAAUUUAACUCAUUUCUAUUAAUUUCUGUAUCGCCAUGUGACUGUGACUUACUGACAAAGUUCUGUUCAGUGUCUGUCUCUGGCAGGACUACAUGGCUUGUCCUGACUCCACCUUCUUUCUUCCAGCAUUCAGUUUAGUUUUCCCUGCCUAGCCCCGCUCUGCUGUAUCACAGGCCAAGGCAGAUUCUUCAUUAACCAAUAAAAGCAACACAUAUACAGAAGGACUUUCCACACCAUUUUCCCUUUUUGUUUAAAUAAAAAGGAAGGUUUUAACUUUAACAUAGUAAAAUUACAUAUAACAAAACAGAUAUCAAGCAAGAAUUACAGUUACAAUAUUUAUAUCUACUUUAUCUUUUAUCAUAAUUAAGGAAAACUAUAACUAUCUAUUCUUCAAUUCCAUCAAAGACUCUAGAAGGAUAUAAUAUUACCUAAGAUAACAAAGUACAUUGUAAGCAACUUCCAAAACUUGAAUUGACAGAGACAUCUUGCUGCCUGGACAGUCACCCAAAGUUCUUCUGUAUCAUUGGAGAAUCCAUCUUCAGCCUACAGGCACAUAAUAUUCAGUAGACUUCCACAAAGCAGGAAAUUUGAAGAUUUAUUCUGUCUUGUAAUGGCGAAGUCCAUCAGUUGCUUUUCUCUCUGUCCUGCAGAAUGUCUGGCAGACUCUGUCAUGAAGUAGGAACCCUGAAGGACUGUCUCACCUUCUUUAGGCAACUUCAGCAGUCAUUUUUCUGUGGGUUCUGCAAAUCUAGUUCAUACAGCACAAUAGCAAGCAGUCCAGGCAGAACAGUUUCUUGCUCAAAUAGCCAACCAAUGCCAUAAAGAGGCUCUUCUGUGCCCAUUAUCCUCUUGAAGUAGAAUGAUGCUGCAAGGAACAAAUGUGUCUCAUUGUUGUGAAAAGUCCUAACUUCUUAAACCAUUCUAAAUCUCAUAUUCUGAAGGUCUCUGAAACAUUUGAAGAAUACCUAUCUACCAGAAAUAUAUCUCUAUAUGUCUAGAAAAUCUAAUGUGCUAGAAGCUUAUUACAGAUUAUUAUCUGUUAACCUACACUUCUUAAUUAUACAUUACAUUUUAAAUGAGCUGGACAAACACUAUACCUUAAUCAAGAUCAAAAAUACAUAUACACAGUAUAACAAAAUUAACCUUAAAUUUCUAUCAAUAAACUAAUAUCCAUACCGGUGCAAAGUAUUCAUCUCUAUAUUAUAUUCCCCUUUAAAUUAAAAAAGUAUUUAUAAACAAUAUUUGGGAAUUUGGGUGUAGUUCUCUCCAAACUGCUUACUGCUUUUUGCUCAGUGAAGUAUUUUUGGGGGUGUUCACAAUGACCUUUUGGGGGCUCUUUAUCCAUCAAACUACCUUAGUCUGGAAGAAAUCCAUCAGUUAUCAGCUUCUGUGGAAAGAAAAGCAGAACCUCUUUUCCAAAGCAACAUAUCCUUAGACUCAAAUUUUGAAGUCAAGAAACCUUUAAAAUAUAUAGGUUGGUUUAGCUUAGCAGCACAUAAAAUCAAAUGUCUCUCUGUACUUAGCUCCUUCACAGUCAAAAAAUUCAAAUAAAGGGCUGGAGAGAUGGCUCAGACGUUAAGAGCACUAGCUACUCAUCCAGAGGUCCUGAGUUCAAUUCCCAGCAACCACAUGGUGGCUCACAACUAUCUGUACUGAGAUCUGGCGCGGGCAUACAUUGAGGUAAAUAAAUAAAUCUUUUAAAAAUUUCAAAUAAGCCAGGCAGUGGUGGCGCCCACCUUUAAUCCCAGCACUCAGGAGGC